ACGUUUAUGGCGCCAGAAAUCAAGGCUCCGCGAGGAGCUGCUGUUGGUCAGCUGGCCGUUAGCGCCCGUCUCUGUGCUGGCGGCACCGCAAACAUUGUACAGUUCAAGGCGGAAUAGAGGAUUUUUAUCCGCAGUUCGUGCUAAUACGAGGUUGGGUUUGGGGUCGAGAUGGUGAUACUACGCAGCAGCAGCGGCGGCGGCGGAGCUGAGCCCAUCGCGACCACUCCGAAGAGGAGGACGAUGGAGUUGGAUACAAGCUCCGAGUUUCUGUCGCUUCUUCCCGCGUCGCAGAGAAAGUCCACCCGGCUGACCCGGUCCUCGCAGGCCCUGGACGACAGCUUCAGCAGCCCGGAAAACCACAUGACCAAUGGACAUGCUGAUAUGAAGCCGGAUGAGGGAACCGAAGCUCAUCACUCCCGAAGGACCCGAGGACAGCGAGUUAAAGAAGGAGUGUCUUUUGCUGAUCUGGAGCUAAAGACCAGCUCCGUAGAGGGAUGCCUGAGAAAGUCUUCCAGGCUGCAAAGGGAGGGAAAGGUUUCCAUGGCCAAGCAGCAAGCAGAUGUUUCAGAUAAGGUGGAGGGCUCAUCCACUCCCAAGAGGAGUUGCUUUGACCUACAGAGCCGAGAAGAGGACGAGGAAGAGGAUCGUUCAGUGCGACGUAGUUCCCGAAUCACCCGAUACAAACUGGAUUCCCGCAACCAGUCCGUGCUCUACGACCGCCUCAUCACCAACACUGCUGAAGCUGUCCUCCAGAAGAUGGACGACAUGCAGAAGAUGAGACGCAGACAGAGGAGCAGAGAGAGGGACAAUGUAGAAGAGAUCGGUAUGUACACCAGGGGAAGAGUGACUAGGUCUCUGAGGACAGAUGUGGAGAUUAAGGACACAGAGGAAGAGAAUGAAGGAGGCGAUGCGGAAGAUCACAGCAAAGAGGGGGGUGAAGAUGUAGAAAAAGAUGAGGAGGAAGUUGAUGAUGAUGAGGAGGAAGAGGAGGAGGAGGAUGACGACGAGGAAGAAGAAAAUCAGAGGCGUUAUGACUUCCGGCAGCGAAAGACUGUGGUCCGCUAUCAGGCCCCACAGGACGAGCCCAGAGAGCCCAGGAAGCGCAGCAUGUACUUCAAGGACCAUUCUUCUCCUUCUAGACGCAGGUUUAGAUUCAGCUCCACGGCCCCCCGGAGCCCCUACACCAGGAGGAGAACCAGCAGGAGUAGUUCUGAGAGAAGAAGACACGCCAUCCACAGUAGUGACUCCACUUCUUCAUCUUCCGACGAUGAGAAAUUCCAGAGACGGAAAAGUAAGAACAGGAGCUUGUCAGUCAACAGAUGUCUGCCUAUGAACCUUGUGAAAGAAGAUCUGCUGGGCAUCCACAAGGACAGGAUGAAGAUUGGAGCCAGCCUUGCUGAUGUGGACCCGAUGCACAUCGACAAGACGGUGCGGUUUGAGAGCAUUGGAGGUCUGAGUAGACACAUCUCUGCGCUGAAGGAGAUGGUGGUGUUUCCUCUCCUCUAUCCAGAAGUCUUUGAGAGGUUCAAGAUACAGCCUCCCAGGGGCUGUCUAUUUUACGGUCCUCCAGGCACAGGGAAAACCCUCGUAGCCAGAGCGCUGGCCAACGAGUGCAGUCAGGGAGAAAGAAAAGUGUCUUUCUUUAUGAGGAAAGGAGCCGACUGCCUCAGUAAAUGGGUUGGAGAAUCUGAGAGACAGCUGCGGUUGCUUUUUGACCAGGCGUACCAGAUGCGACCGUCCAUCAUCUUCUUUGAUGAGAUUGAUGGUUUGGCUCCAGUCAGGUCGAGUCGCCAGGACCAGAUCCACAGUUCCAUUGUGUCAACCCUGUUGGCCCUCAUGGAUGGAUUAGAUGGCAGAGGGGAGGUUGUUGUGAUCGGAGCUACAAACAGACUGGACUCCAUCGACCCAGCACUGAGAAGACCAGGGCGCUUCGACAGGGAGUUCCUCUUCGGCCUGCCGGACAGAGAGGCGAGAAAGGACAUUCUGAAGAUCCACACCAGACUGUGGACUCCACCACCCGCCGACACUUUUCUGGAAGAAUUGGCAGAUAAAUGUGUUGGUUACUGCGGCGCAGACAUAAAGGCCGUUUGUUCGGAGGCUGCCCUGUGUGCAUUACGGCGUCGCUACCCACAGAUCUACUUCUCAUCCCAGAAGCUAGUGCUCGAUGUCGACUCUAUCGCCAUCAUAAGCAGAGACUUUAUGUCGGCCAUGUCCAAGAUGGUGCCUGCUGCACAGAGGGCAGUGGUGUCACCAGCCAAGGACCUGAUACCUGCCAUUCGUCCUCUGCUGAGCGCCGCCCUACAGGACGUCAUCCAUACGGUCAGCCGACUGUUCCCACACGCUGAGCAGUGCUUAAAGAGGAAGAGAGAACAAGAUGUGGCCCGUGGUGUGUCUGAGGACGACCUGAUGUUCAGUGAGGAGGAGGACUCAGAAGUUUGCGCCACUGGAGAGGCCGCUCACUCCCACCUCAAAAUACCUGCUGUCCAGGGACCCCUCAGCCUCAACAGGAGUGUGCUGAGCCAGCCCACCUCGUACCGCCCCAGGCUGCUGUUAGAGGGCAGACUAGGCUCCGGUCAGAGCUCCCACUUGGCUCCUGCUGUCCUCCACACUCUGGAGAAAUUCACUGUGUACACGCUGGACAUGGCCGUGCUGUUCGGAGCCAGCGCAACCGCACCGGAAGAGACUUGCGCUCAGAUCUUUGUUGAAGCAAAGCGGACCUCUCCCAGUAUCCUGUACAUCCCUCACAUCAGCCAAUGGUGGGAAACAGUGGGUCCGACCUUAAGAGCCACCUUCCUCAGCCUGCUCAGCUCCAUCCCUCCCUUCGCUCCAAUACUGCUUCUGGCUACAUGCAACCUGCCGUAUAACGAACUCAGUAUGGAGGUGCAGGACUUGUUUCGGAUGGAGUAUGGCGAGGUUUUCCACGUCAAGGUCCCCACCAGCAGAGAGAGAAGAAACUUCUUUGAGGAUCUAAUCCUCAAUCAGGCUGCCAAGGCCCCUGCCUCAAAAAAGAAAGCUGUGCUCAAUGCAUUGGAGGUGCUUCCUGUCGCCGCUCCACCUCCCCCACGUCAGCUGACACCAGAAGAGACCCGGAGACUGGAGGAGCAGGAAGAAGACACCCUCAGGGAUCUCCGCCUCUUCCUGCGGGAUGUCACCAACCGCCUGUCCCAGGACAAACGUUUCAAGGCCUUUACAAAGCCUGUGGAUUUAGAGGAGGUGCCAGAUUACGCUGAGGUGAUCAAGAAGCCAAUGGACCUGUCAACCGUUCUUACUAAUAUCGACCUCCAUAAGUACGGCACGGUCAAAGAGUUCCUCCAAGACGUGGAUCUCAUCUGGCAGAAUGCCCUUGAAUACAACCCAGACAGGGACCCCUCAGACCGUCAGAUCCGCCACAAAGCCUGUGCCUUGAAGGACAGCGUCCACGCCAUCAUCAGAGAUGAACUGGAUGAAGAUUUUGAGAAGAUAUGUGUGGAGAUGAAAGCGUCCCGCAGCACAAGAGAUUGUUCCACGGCCCGGUUUGCUCCGUCCUUUUACCACGUCCUUCCCAAACCACCCAGACGUCCUGCUGAGGCGAACAUCACGGCCAUAAGUCCACAAAGAGAGCCAGCUGGACCCACAGCUGCAGUCACUUCCAACACAAGUGCCUCUGCUGUUACAACAUCUAAAAACACAGCACAAAAGAAGAAAAGACGAAAGAGUCGCUGGUCCGCUGGCUUGUAUUCAAAGAAGAAGUCUCCCUGCUCUCCUCACAUGUCCAGAGAUGAAGCCCACUUAGGGUCGGAUGACGAAGAUGUGGACAACGAGGAGGAGGAGGAGGAGGAGGUUGAGAAGGGAGGAGGAGCAGAGUUUGAUGAAGGGACUAGAGGAGAGGAGGAUCAGAUGAUGGUUGAUGUAGAGUCAGGGCCUGCAGCGGCCCAUGAAGGUCGCUCUGGGUCGGCUGUGAAGGAACAGGACAGUCCGGAAGGACGAGAGGAGGGUCAAGCUGCUCGAGAGACGGAUAUCCAGAGUGAAGGGGUGAAGGCUGAAGAGAAGGAAAAAGAACUGGUGCAUGAAGUUGUCAUAGUUCGACCAGGACAGUCAGAGAACAAAGUGUUGAUUAAGGCAGGAAACGAAAUCGGUGAAGACAUUUCCCCUAACACUAAGAAGGACAGCCACACCAAGACAGAACAAGAUGCCCGGCAGCAAUCAAAGCUGACGGAAACUGAGAAAUGUCAAAGUGUAAUACAGGAAGGAGACAACAGAGUAGUUUGUGUAGAAGACGCAGAGCAGAACAGGCCUGCUGAACCAAUGGAGGUGGAAGCAACCGAUACCGUAACCACAGACGCCUCUGCAGCUACUAGAGGAGACGAAGAGAAGAGUGUGAGGCGCGUAACCCGGGCUCUAAAGAGCGCUGUGCAGCACCAGGUGAUCAAUGUGGACAAAGCGCUGCAAAUCUUGCACCAGGAAACUCCUCCUCUGGUAGUGGACAGAGACAAAUUAAAGGAGCUGCUGGACAGAGUAGUGAUCAAGACUGAAGGGUACGAGGUCUACAAGCUGGAGAAACUCUAUGCGCUGCUCUGCCAGAGCAUCUAUAGACACAGACGAGACUACGAAAAAACUACACUAAUACAGGAGUUGAAACAAGAGAUUGAAGACUUCUGUUGACUUUUCUACUGGAACAAUUGUUUUAUAUAAGCAUGCUCAGCAUCCACAGCUAUGUAAAUAUACAUUGUUUCUAUUUUCAUAGAAAUCUACCAGCACAUAUAUUUGUGCAUUAACUACAUAUAUGUAUUAAGUCUUUUGUUUCUAUUUAAUUAAAUGGUUUUCCUCUGAA